UAACUGAAAUUUCAACAUAACGGUUGGUAAUAAAUUUGAGAAGUUCGAAAUUUUAGUUUCCGUAGUCGAGCAGGAUAUUUUUAGCGCGUUGUGGCUCAUUUCCUGUAAACAGCUUAUUUUGCAAACGCUAGAAUUUGCUUAUGAAAUUUCAUAAUAUUGAAUACGUGAAUAUGAGAUUAUUUUUUAAACUAGAGCGUGAAAAUAGAAUUUGCUGAUUCUAGAAAAUUAUGAAUAAUAUUCUUUUUUUUUUGCUUCAAAUUAAACAUGGAGAAACGUGAAUUGGUUUGGGAUCUGGAUAAAACAAUAAAAUUAAUUAAGAAAGUCGAAGAACAACGAUUGUUAUGGGACACGCAUAAAAUUGAUUUUCAAAAUAUUGUAAAGAAAAGGCGUGAAAAGAUGAAUUCAAAGUUUUCGCUGAUCUGCGUGUACAACGUGAUAUCGAUAAUACACUUUGUGAGACUAUACUCAGGAAUGUGGUGCCGAAAAGUAGCUCUCUAGUCGAGAUUCCAGCUGCCAGCAAUGAAUAUUUUAAAAACUGACCGAGCGCAACCAAUUACCGACACAACUUUUUCCAAACAACUGAAAUUUUACUUAAAUGGAAUUGCAUGCAAAAGCAUUGCCAGGUAUUGCAAAGAAUGAUUUUUAAAAAGAGAAUUUGAAAAAUAAACAGUACGUCAAAUUACAGCUGAUUGAACAGAAAACCGGCAGCCCAAAAUUUAACUGAAAUAAAUAGAAAUUGCUGCUGGUGUUUAAUAAAUAAAAACAAAUAACUAAUUAUGUAUAUAUAAGGAGAAACAACUACUUAUUUGUAGAAAUAUUUUAAGAGUAAGCUUACUUACUAACGCUUCAACACAUUUCACACACUGAACAGACCGUAGAGAAUGUGCUCCCAUCCUCAUUGCAUUGAACACAAUUGAUCAGCUGUACGAAUAUUAAGUGCCAAAGGAAAUAAAAUAUUUUUUUAAUUUUGCGAUUUUUAUAAAUACCGAAGUGAAUUAUUAAAAUAAGUGAAAAAUAUGUUUAACUAAUAAUUAUAUCUCUGUGGGGGGAAAAUAGUUAUAAGCAACAAGCUUUAUAUAUACCUAUAAGCCAAUUAACGGAUUUAUUGUACAUUUACUAGCAUUACAAGGACACAAAGUCGGCAUGAAACUGCCGCUUCAAAUACAUUUUACAUAAAUAUCACAUGCUGUAACUCCAGCUCUAGAGCAAUAACAAACUGAAAAAUCCUAUUAUAUUGUGUAAUUGGCGCGUUUACAUACGUGUAUAUAAGUUUGGAUAUAUGUUCAUUUCUCCAAGGCGUUAAUUCAAAAAUCGGGCUAGAGGAUAUUCCAAAAAGGACAAUGAUAAAAGUCGUGAAAAGUGCAAAAAAAAAACACAGUAGAGUUGCAUCGUUGCUUUUUAAUUGACGUUAAAAACUAGCGUCCACAACGAAAAUCACAAAUUAAAACACAAGUUGUUCAGUAAUUUCGUAAAAAAGUUUGGAAAAAAUCUUUAAUAAACUUUGUUUUUUCAUGCAGUCAUUGAAAAAUUAUUUGUUUCACUCUUAAAAGCCAUCAUAUGCAAAAUUCGAUGCAACCCUGCGUAUAGCAUGCGACUUUAUGCGUGUGCCUACCUAAACAUACACAUCGCAGCGGCCUUUUCAUAUGUUAAACAAAAUUCGUGCAAGAAAGUUCGUUAAUUAUAAGAGCUCCGUAAUAAAGAGUGUGUGGCUAGUGCAUAUAUUGAAUUAAAAAUUAUUUUGAAAAUAACAUAAAGUUAGUGCAAAAAUAUUCCGAUUGUGCUAUUUAGUGGCAUUUGUGUAUUUUCUAUUCUAUAUUAACAAGGCAUGGAAAUAGUUGAAUCAACAACAGGGGUUAGCCAAAAACAGAUGAACGAAGCAUUAACAGUAGCAACGACGUCGGCAGAGGGCAGUAACGUGAAUGUUAGUGUUGGCGGCAAUAGUACUGCUGCUGCUGCUGCUACUGCAAAUUUAACAGCGGAAACAAGAACAAAGGAUAUUAAUACAACAAAAACUAUAACAGCUUCAACAGCUGGAUCUACUGAUAUAUUAUUGCAAAAAGAUAUCGAUAUGGAUAUUGAAGAAAUUUUAACAAAAUCCACAUUAAAAGCUGACUUUACUAAAGUUGAUGAUAAAACGCACCAGUCAACUGUAAAGCUGAUGUCAACUAAUACAGCAACAAUACCCAUUCAACUGGAUAAUGAUAUACCUAUAAUAUCGUUAUCCGAUAGUGAAGAUGUAGUAAUUCAACCAACAACAACAUCACAAAAGUCUAGCCGUAAACGUAAUAGUGUAGGUGGCGCAGCUACAGCAGAGGAGGAUCAACAAUUUCGUUUGAAAAGACGUAAAAUUAAAGUAGCUGGUGCGCCAAAGAUGCCCUUGACUGGUUAUGUACGUUACAUGAAUGAUCGUCGCGAGCUGCUACGCAAGGAAUUACCCACUAAAACAGCUAUUGAGCAUACGAAAAUUAUCGGUGAGGAAUGGCAGAAGAUGUCAGAGGACAAAAAAGCGCCAUAUAUGAAAGCAGCGGAGGUUGAUAAACAACGUUACCUCGCCGAGUUGCAUACAUUCCUCAAGGAACGUCCCGAUGUUUUGGCCUGUGAAUUGGCCAAGGAUAAGCAAGCGAAAAAGUUGGAACACGGUAAAACCGUGCUCAAGGAGAAAUCACAAUCUGUGGGUAAUAUUAAAUCGCCAAAUAAGGAUUCAAAUGCCAGCACAACCACGAAUAAGGCAGAGAAAUCGCGUCGUAGUGCGGAUAAGGAUAAUUCAUCGUCAUCACCACCACCACCACCACCAGCGGCACCGGCUCUGGCCACGGCCAUGGCACAGGCAACCACAACAACAACAAUUGAAACAAAACCAAAACGUAAGCGUACACCAACACCACCAAAAACUGUUGAUACACAUGCUGGCAGCAGCAGCAAAACAAAUACAUCAUCAUCAUAUACAAGCGCUAACAACAGCAGCAACAACACACAGCACAGCACUACAUCCUCUAGUAAUCAUACAACAACAACAGCAACAACAACAAGCACAACAAAUCCCAGCAACGCAUCAACACUAGUCUCUGCCACAGCGGUUUCAGGUGAAAUACCCAUCUUUACGAAUGAAUUCCUAGAACAUAAUAAAGUAUUCGAUAUGGAAUUGCGUACACUGCGAAAAAGCAAAGCUGAUUUGGAGCAACAAAAUGCCGUCUUGGAGAAACAUGUAGAGAAUAUGAAAUUCGGUGUGGAGAAGAUGACAAAUGAAAAUGAUGAGCUGGCGGAAAAGAAUCGUUUAUUGGAAUUAUAUUUGGAAAAAUUAAAAACGAAAUUGGCGCAUGCGCUGUCCGGUUUGGCCAUACCAACGCAACCAAAUGGCGCCACUACGGAUAAUAUUGAGAAGUAUAUGGGUGAUUUAUAUAAGAUGGCUACGACAAAUACGCACGGGCCGGCGAGUUUGAAUAAGGCUAAGGAUAUUAUUAGAAAAUUAGAUUUGCAAAUCAAUUUGUAAGGUGUGAUUUUUUUGUAUUUGAUACGUACGGGUGUAAGGGACAAAACUUGGCAUAAAAAAUUGUUUUUGGAAUUAAAUUAAACUAAAGAAUGGAUUAUUUAUGUUGUCUGUUAAAUUGUUUUUUUCUUUUUUUGCGCAAAGAAUUUGAUUUGCUUCUAUUGUAUUUUUCUUUUAAGGGUUCUGUGUUACUUAAAUAACAACUUAAAAACAAUUUUAGAAUAUAACAGCUUAGUUUUAUGAAUAUAUUUAAUAAUAAUAAAUAAUCAUUCAAUCAUAUCAGCAUUUGUGCGUAUGUAUAACUAGCGUUAAAAUGUAAAUUUUAUAUAAUAGCCGUAUAAAAUCUGCUAUUGGGCAGUACGUAAAUACCGAACUAUGAAGAAAAACAAAAUAAUACCUAUUAGUUUUUAAUGUCUAAUUUAUGAUAUUUGUUAAGUGAUGCAGAAAUAUGUAGUAAUUAAAUUUAAUUAACUGUUAAAAGCCAUGAAAAGCUGAAAUCGUCAAUUUUCCAGCACAUAGAGAAAGCUAUUUGCUUGUUGUAGUACCGUUAUAAUAAUUAUUUUCCAUUCAUAAAAGAUUACAGUUAUUUACUGCUUA